CGCGUUUAUAUAAAAAAAGGUUCUCGUCCAAGUCCAAAACCAAACAGAACAGGUUUUUAUAGGGUUUAUCUCGUUUUCUCCGUAAUCGUAAUCGUAAUCGGAAUUCUCCAUUCUCUUCUUCUUCUACUCAUACCCGUAACUUUUUUUUGUUCCAUGCCGAUGGCCGCAUCCGCCGUCGCCUCCGGUGCCAGAUCGAUGUUUCGAGCUGCUUCGUCUCGGACCGUCACUGGCCGCUUCGCCUCUCAAGCGAAAUCAGCCCCGCCCUUGUUUAGAGCCACUGCCAGAAGAAGUCCACUCCUUUCUCCUCUCCGUAAUCCUGUGGAACUGAGCUUCUGUGUGGAGUCAUUGUUGCCAUACCACUCGGCUACAGCUUCAGCUUUAAUGACUUCAAAGCUUUCUGUCUCUGCCCAAACCUAUGGCUGGCUCUCUGACGCUUGCAAUGAUGAUGUGUGAUGAGUUAGCCAGAAGAACACUGAAGCUACAGUUUAUCUUGCAAAGAGGACUUUUGAUGAUGUCUACGCGUACCCAAUGCGAAUGCGCGAGAAGCUUUAAGAGAGAGUUUAGGCAAAGAAUAAUUAAUUGUCGUACUGCUCAAACACUAAUGUUCUCUUUGUCUUCAAUUUUCAUAUCAAAGACAAAUGUCCUCCAUCUUUUAUA